AUGAAUCCCGAAGAGAAGGUCGAUGGCUUCGAAGAGCCGCGAUACAUCCAGUUCCCUUGCCUGCCGGACGAUGCGACUCGGGAUGGAAAGCCGGUGUUGAAUAAAUAUUCUACAUUUCUUACACAGUACCAUGAUUUCCCUGGAGCGCAGGCGAUGUUAUAUGGCGCGGGGGUGCCGGAUCGUGAGAGCAUGAAAAAUAGCCCCCAGGUCGGCAUUGCGACGGUAUGGUGGGAAGGGAAUGCCUGUAAUAUGCACCUUUUGGAUCUGGGGAAGACGGUCAAAAAAGCCAUCACGGAUCAGGGGAUGCUGGGCUGGCAAUAUAACACCAUCGGUGUCUCCGAUGCUAUUUCCAUGGGUAGUGAAGGUAUGCGAUACUCCCUCCAAUCUCGGGAGAUCAUUGCAGACAGCAUCGAGACAGUAGUAGGUGCUCAAUAUCAUGAUGCCUGCAUUGCGAUUCCGGGUUGCGACAAGAACAUGCCAGGCUGCGUCAUGGGUAUGGCCAGACAUAACAGACCGUCUUUGAUGAUAUACGGUGGGACAAUUCAGGUCGGGUACUCCAAGUUACUCCGCAGGCGAAUCAACGUCUCUACUUGCUACGAAGCAGCUGGCGCGUACGCUUACAACACCUUAACCCAGCCCGACGACGGCGGAGACCGCUCGAGGACGAAAGAUGAAAUCAUGGAAGACAUUGAGCGAAAUGCCUGUCCCAGCGCUGGCGCAUGCGCGGGAAUGUACACAGCAAACACCCUGGCUACCGCGAUUGAGUCAAUGGGUUUGACUCUGCCAGGCUCCUCGUCCACCCCAGCUACGGUGCCUGCCAAGAUGCGCGAGUGCGUAAAAGCAGCGGACGCGAUCAGAAUAUGUAUGGAGAAGAACAUUAGGCCGCGAGAUCUACUUACGAAACGCUCCUUUGAGAAUGCGCUGGUAAUAACCAUGGCGCUGGGCGGGAGCACGAACAGCAUCGUUCACCUGAUAGCGAUGGCCAGAACGGCCGGGGUUGAAUUAACACUCGAUGAUUUCCAGCGUGUGAGCGACAAAAUCCCGUUUAUUGCUGACUUGGCACCCAGUGGGAAAUACUACAUGGCAGACCUUUAUGAAAUUGGCGGGAUUCCAUCUGUGCAGAAGCUGCUGAUUGCCGCAGGCUUGAUGGACGGUGACAUCCCCACAGUAACUGGCAAAACGCUAGCAGAGAACAUCCAAUCCUUCCCCUCCCUCCCACAGGACCAGGCCAUCAUCCACCCGCUAGCCAACCCCAUCAAGAGCACGGGCCAUAUACAAAUAUUGAAAGGCAACCUCGCCCCCGGCGGCGCCGUAGCCAAAAUCACAGGCAAAGAAGGCACCAAAUUCACCGGCAAAGCCCUCGUUUUCAACAAAGAACACGAGCUUGACGAAGCGCUUAACAAGGGCCUAAUACCCCGCGGCGAAAACCUAGUGCUAAUAGUUCGCUACGAGGGUCCGAAGGGUGGCCCCGGCAUGCCCGAGCAGCUGAAGGCCAGCGCAGCGCUGAUGGGCGCCAAACUGACGAAUGUCGCGCUAAUUACGGACGGGAGGUAUUCGGGGGCCAGUCAUGGGUUUAUUGUCGGGCAUAUUGUGCCUGAGGCGGCGGUUGGGGGGCCCAUUGCUGUUGUGCACAAUGGGGAUAUGAUUACGAUUGAUGCGGAGAGAAAUGAGAUUAGUAUGGCGGUUUCGGAGGAGGAGGUUGCGGAGAGGUUGAAGGAGUGGAGGCCGCCGAAGCCGCAUGUGACUAGGGGGACGUUGGCCAAGUAUGCGAGACUUGUUGGAGACGCGUCGCAUGGGGCUAUGACGGAUAUGUUUUGA